UGCCGAGCGACGUCUGUUGUAAUAUGUAAACUUUAUUCUUUAGAUCGCGCAGUUUGUAAAUGUAAAAGUAAAAUUCGUAAGUCAUAAUCUGUUACACAUUCAUUAUAAAUGUUGUGAAUUAUUAUUAGUGUUAAUUAUUUAUCAUUGCCUUCUAUCUAUAUAGUUCAAUGCAAAUUACAAAAGUUAAUAUUAUAAAUUGGAAUAAUGAUUUUAAAAUUAUAUUUUUCUAAAUUUAAUUUAAUAUCAAUGAUUCUCAUGUAUGAUCGUCAACGAGAAAAUUAAUUAACAUCAAUAUGCGUAGCUUAGUAUGAUACUGUGGCAGAUUUUUUGCAUACUUUAUGGAUUUCAAACAGUGUGGAGUUUUUCUGCCAGCCAAGCUCCUGGUGACAUCACGGUCAUGUUCAUAAGUCCAACCACUGUCAAAGUAUCUUGGAAAAUAUCACUAAUAGGUAUUGAAAAAUAUGACGUCAUGUACAAACCAACCAACGCCAGUUACAAGGUAGUAGCGGAGAUAGCGGUCAACUCCGAUUCCGUGACACUCGGUAACUUGAUGCCAAAUACGCAAUAUCAAGUAACUGUGACAGCGUUCAAAGCAGGUCGCCGAUUUCGGAGUAGACCAGUUAUAUUUAAAACACUUGAUAAAGGUGUUUCGUGGCCAGAUAUUCAUCAUUCACAAAUGAAUUCUAGUGGUGAUGUAGAUAUAUCACCACCUGAUGUUGUAGGUGGUGUUGGACAUUCAGUACCACCAGAAGGCCCUACUUCCCCUCCUUAUGUACAGGUGCGAGGAAUAGAAAUUACUAUUGUAGUGCUCGUCUUAAUGGUCUGGGUCGGUGCUAUAAUAAUGUUUUUCAACCGCUGGGGUAAAAUAAGGAUGCUUAUACCAUAUCAACCAGACUAUAAAGACACACAACUCAAAGUGCCCGGAACAGGUGCAUGCAAUACAACCAAUUCGUGCCAAAACCAAACAGGACCAAGUUUUUGCUGUUCGCAGAGGCACCUGAUGCGCUGCGGCCUGGCCGACCCGCUGGACUGGCGCGUCCGGAACCUGUUGCGGUCCCGAUCCCGCGUCAACUCGGCCAUCUACAUCAGUCCCAUCUACCAGGACGCGCACAUCCGGAACGGCAUAUCGGUGAGGCCGAUACGGAAGGCCCAAAGCGCGGACUUCCUGCCCAAGUACGACUACAGCGGCUGGGCCAACUACCAGCAGUUCUCGUUGCCACUGGGCUCCGGCGGAGGCGGCGGCGGCGUCGGCGUCUGUACCGGCGGCGGUGUCUGUACCGGCGGCGGUGUCUGUGCCGGUGGCGUCUGUGCCGGAGGCGUCUGUGCCGGAGGCGUCUGUGCCGGUGGCGUUUGUGCCGCCGGCGGCGUCUGUGCCGGCGCCGUCGACAGUACCGUUCACCAGCGGCACAUCAAACGGUUCCAACUGCCCACGGUUUCCAUAUCCAUCGCGUCCGACUCGGAUAAGGCGCUCAACGAACUGCUCAUCUAAAAUACGUACCUACCGUGGUUUUCCGGCACCUUAGGUCAUCGCUUCUCUAUUAUUAUUAUAGUCGUCGUAUAGAUUUUUUCGAUACGCAUUGCACCCGCGAGGUUCCCGUAAAACGUUUCACGGCAACUACGUUUUUUCCGUCGUGCUAUAAGCCUAUAACGAAAUAAUAUCAUUAUAAUAUCACGUUAGUUCAUAGACCCCCUUCCCCCCCCCCAAAAAAAAAAAAAAAAUA